AUGCCUAAAGCCUAUGAGUUCGGCUAUUCCGUGAAGGACGCGGCAACGGGAAACGAUUAUGACCGACGGGAGAUGUCAGACGGCAAUGAAGUGCGGGGCGAAUAUAGGGUGCAGUUACCCGAUGGAAGGACUCAGAUAGUAUCAUAUCACGCGGAUUGGCAAACCGGCUUCCACGCUGAUGUUAGGUAUGAGGGAGAGGCGCACUACCCAGAAAAUAAUAAUUUAGGUUACAACACCGGUUACAACUAUAACACACCGGAUUACUCUGGUUCUCUCAGCGGUUUCCAUGGCAACCAGCAGUUACCGAAGCCAUCGUACGGGCCACCUUCAUUUCAUUGA